AAGAGAGAUAGGAUAUAAACAUCAGUGAUGCUCCUGAGAAGACAAAGAAGAAGAAAAAGAAGAAGAUGAAGGAGGAUGCAGAGCGGAUCCAAGAGGAAGGGAUCGUCAGUGAGGAUGGAGAUCAUUUAGUGUCCAAGAAAAAGAAAGCCAAGAAACAGGGGUAUGAAGAAGAGGUGGAAGGUAUAAAAAAGAAAAAGAAGAAAAAGGAGGCAGAGGUCAAAGAAGAAGAGGCUGAUUUGGGACACUGUGUGGAGAUGGUCAAAAAGAAGAAAAAGAAGAGAAAAAUCGAUGAUGUGGCAGAACGAGAGCAAAACACAGAAUCGGCAGAUGGACAGAUAAAGAAGAAAAGAAAAAAGCAGAAAGAAGCAGACGCAUGUGAAGGCGUGGAGCAAAAGGCGAAGAAGAAAAAGAAAUCUUCAGCAGAGGAGGAGCCUGAUGAGAUCAGCUCAAAGAAAAAAAGCAAAAAGCUGAAGAAGAAAUUAAAGAGCGUGGAUGAAGGUGAGAGUCGUCCUCACGCCAACGGAGGACAGGAGAGACCAUCGGACGAGAAGAUGAAGAAGAAAGUCAAGGAGAGGACUGAUGAUGUCAUUGAGGUCCAGGAGGAACUGGCGGGAAAGAAGGGGAGGAAAGACGACAGAAACAAAACCCCAGAAAAAAUUAAAAAGAAAAAACCUAAAGAAGAGCAUCAUGAGACCACCAUGGAGAGAGCGAUUAAAGCGUCUGAUGUUGUGUUCCUGUCAGUAAAGCCUGGAAAUCAGGAUGAAGUUUCUAUAGAUCAGGCGCGCAGACUCGCCCUACAGAGGGACAUUGACAUGGAAUCACAGCCGGAGCCGAAUCUUGGCCAGUGGGGCACGGCACAGUUCGACAGCUCUGACAGACAGGCCAAGUUCCUGCGCUUGAUGGGCGGGUUUAAAAAGAGCAGCCAGCCCCUCACAGGAUCCUCUGGCCAGGCCAGCAUGGCGCUGGGGAAAGAAGGCCAACAGACUUUGCAGCAAGGCCUUCUGGGAGAGUUUGAGCGUGCACAGAGCCGCCGUAUGGACUUCAGGAAUAAAGGAGCCGGAUUGGGGUUCGCGGCACCGUCCAAUAAGAAGUUUGCGAUUGAUGUUAAUGCAAGGAACUCAGUGCGAUUCGAUGACUGAGAGUUACAGGAUAGUUCACUCACAAGUGAACUCUCGGUCAUCAUUUACUCACCCUCACAUCGUUUACAAGCACAUGUGCUGUAAUCACAUCAGUCAAGCUCCAAAAAUGACAGAAUAGCCAUAUGAAAUCUGUUUCGAAUGAUGCAGGGGUGAGUAAACGAUGACAAAAUGAUAAUUUCUAGGUGAAUUGUUUCUUUAAUGUAUGAAACAAAGUGGAAUUUAUUUUUGGAAACUUAAGGAGCUCAGAAUCACCCACCAUAAAAAGUAUUUCGUAAGUUUCCUUGAAAUCUGAUUGAAUUCUUUGGGUGCUGAGAGAUGUUGUACUCAGGUGAAAUAUCACGAGAUGUAUUUUAAUUUAUCAUUGGAUUUGCCCAAGAAGUUUAUACUAGAAGAUGAGAUUACACAACAGCAAAUUAAGACACCGGAUUAGA